AUGUCAAAAUUACGUCAGAUUUUUAACACAUCUUACUGUCGGUAUUAUAGUGUACAGCAAGCAAAGAAAAAACUGCCUAUUAUAUCAUGCAAACAUCCCGAAUUGAAUCAUUAUGAGGGCCAAACCUACAGCAAGUUUGAAGGUAUAAAACUAGCGUCGAAAGGAUGGUUACAUCCCAAAUCUAAGAAUGAUCACUUCACGAUCUAUUAUGAGGCCAAUAAAAAAGAAAAAAUCGGUGUAUAUAAGAAGAGUUUUGAAGAAGUUGGUGUUUGUAAUGAGCUGAGAGAGGUUAUAAUUGCUCAGGGUUUUGAACAGCCCACUGCAAUUCAAGCACGAGCGAUUCCCGCUAUUCUUGAAGGUUAUAAUACUGUUGUUACUGCUGAAACUGGAUGUGGAAAAACAUUUGCAUAUUUGUUGCCAAUUUUUCAGCAUAUUUUGGAAUGGAAACCAAAUUUGAAUGAGGAAUUCAACAGUCCUUUGGCGGUUGUAUUAACCCCUAGCAGAGAAUUGGCCACCCAAAUAGGUCAAGUUGCUGAGAGCAUUGCACAGAAUAUUAAUAUCAAUGUAACAACCUUAGUUGGUGGCCAUACUAAACAAAAGAUGCUGAAUCCGCCUAUUGAAUACUGUGACUUACUUGUCACUACUCUUGGUGCAUACAGCAAACUUGUGACAACCGGUAUUCUGAAGAUCCAUAAUGUUCACCAUGUAGUUUUGGAUGAGGCUGAUACAUUGUUAGAUGACAGUUUUAUUGGGAAAGUAGGCAAUUUAUUAAAGAAAUUUUCGAUUCAUCACAAAGUUCAGAUUCAAGUGCCUCCAGUCGGAUGCCAACUUACACUUGUUAGCGCUACCAUGCCACAUGAAUUGCCAGAAUCAGUCAGCUCUUUUGUGGAUCCUCAGUCUUUAAGAACAGUAGCUACUUCUAACAUCCACAAACUACUACCACAUGUGCCACAGAAAUUUAUCCGCCUUGGCAAAGCCCAAAAACCAGUGGAACUCCUCAAGCUAGUCCAAGCCGAUGUCAACAGCAAACGUCCAGUGAUGAUUUUCUCUAAUAAAACAUCCACCUGCGACUUUGUCUCUAUGUUCCUAAACGAGAAUAACGUAGAAUGCGUUAAUAUAAAUGGACAGAUGGCUGUCGCGUUGAAACUUGGCAAAUUUGAGAUGUUUAAGAAUGGAACGGUUAAUGUAUUGUCUUGUACGGAUAUCGCUUCACGUGGUCUGGACACAACACGGGGUUGA